AUGAUCCGUCGUGUCCGUGUCGCUCUGAAGUACGUCCUCUUCCCUCUCUCUCUCUCUCUCUCCUCUUCCGGCUCUUUCCGUUCCCUCCGAGCACGUCUCCUUCGUUUUGCAGACAUUCCCGUCCCAUCUAUGCUGAAGACGUGCCCAGUUUGAUGCCGUCGUUGCUCGGCGCACCAACCAAUCGAUACCGGCUCUUCGUGCUUCUUCUUUCUCUUUUCUUCCUCUACACGUGGAAUGGCCAGAAACAGUCGCACGCGGAGGAAAUCCGACUGAGAGACGAACGAAUAUCAUCGCUCCAGCAGGAUCGGGACAGUGUUGCCGAGAAGUUGAGGGGUAAGCAAGUGCGCUCUAUUGAGAAUACAACAAUAUCCUCCUCCAACCGCUUUAUUACAGUAAUCUGGAUGCACAAAAAGAAGAUAGAAGCCAUUGUCAGUGCGCAAAAGGCGGAUGCAGACAAGGUUCUGAGUAAAGUAAAGCUGAAGGAGUCGGAAGUUUACGGGUGGAAAACAAAAAACGAGAAAUGUUUGAAGGAGUUGGCAUUAUGCGAAGUGAGUCAUGAAACACGGGAAAUCGAGAGGAAAACGGGGAGAGUUGCAGAAUUCAAAGAGUGAUGUGAAAGUGGAGAAAGUAGACAAUCGACAAGUGAUACGGUUGAAGAAACAAGUGGAAGAGGUGGAGGAGAAGCUAAAGGAGAGGGAACAUGAAGCCGUCGCGAGGGAAAACCAUCUGGAGGUACGCUUGCUUCGAUAAAUCAGUACAAUAUAAACUUUCAGGAAGAAUUGAAACGAUGCGAAUCGAAAAUCAAGCAGUUGACAGGGGUGAGUAGAUUACGAAGAAGCGGGGAAAGGUUGACCGUAGGUGUAAAGGGAAGGGUCAUCGAAGGAAAGUCCGGUGAAAGCGGACGACGUCGGUUGGCACGACCAGUUGUUGUACGAAGGGAUGAAGGCGCUCGAGUACAUGUUGCUCGCGGUCGACAGAAGAUUCUGGAAUGAAGUGGGAAGUGUGACGACUCUUGCCCACAUCGUGACUGACCUGUGA